AUGAUGAUCUCUCGAGGCUUAUUCGGAUGGUCUCCGCCUCAUAUGCAACCACUAACCCCAGUCUCCGAGGUCUCCGAGCCUCCCGAGUCUCCCUCUCCCUAUCCCGACCCAAGCGAGACCGGCGGUACAGCCACCGCGGCGCAGGCGGAGGACGACGACGAGAUGGAGGAGGAGCCCGACGAGGCCGAGCCACCUCCCGCUGCUGUUCCUUUCUCUCAGCUCUUCGCUUGCGCCGAUUGUUUCGAUUGGGUGCUUAUGAUCCUCGGCUCGGUGGCUGCCGCCGCCCACGGCUCCGCGCUUAUCGUCUACUUGCACUACUUCGCGAAGAUCGUUGAGGUCCUUGCUUUCUCCGGUGCGAGAUCCGAGGAUCAGUAUGACCGACUCGUUGAGCUUUCUUUGACUAUUGUGUACAUCGCGGGGGGUGUUUUCGUUUCUGGUUGGAUUGAGGUCUCGUGCUGGAUACUGACUGGAGAGAGGCAGACCGCUGUGAUCAGGUCAAAGUAUGUCCAAGUACUGUUGAAUCAGGAUAUGAGUUUCUUUGAUACGUAUGGUAACAAUGGGGAUAUUGUGAGCCAAGUGCUGAGCGAUGUUUUGCUCAUUCAGUCAGCUUUGAGCGAGAAAGUAGGGAAUUAUAUUCAUAACAUGGCUACGUUUAUCAGUGGACUUGUUAUUGGAUUUGUCAACUGCUGGGAGAUUGCGCUCAUUACACUAGCCACUGGUCCUUUCAUCGUUGCUGCAGGAGGUAUAUCGAAUAUAUUUCUCCACAGGCUUGCUGAGAACAUACAAGAUGCGUAUGCUGAAGCAGCCGGCAUUGCUGAACAGGCGAUCUCGUACAUUAGGACUUUAUAUGCCUUUACAAAUGAAACUCUUGCCAAACAUGCAUAUGCAACCUCCCUUCAAGCAACACUUAGAUACGGUAUAUUGAUUAGUCUUGUGCAAGGCCUUGGUCUUGGAUUCACUUAUGGGCUUGCUAUAUGCUCGUGUGCGCUGCAACUUUGGAUUGGACGAUUCUUUGUUACCAGUGGAAGAGCAAAUGGUGGAGAAAUUUUAGCAGCUCUUUUUGCUGUUAUUCUAAGUGGCCUGGGUUUGAAUCAAGCUGCUACAAACUUCUAUUCGUUUGAUCAAGGAAGGAUUGCUGCGUAUAGACUGUUUGAGAUGAUAAGUCCUUCAUCCUCUGUGGCUAACCAAGAGGGAGCUGUGCUGGCUUCUGUUCAAGGAAAUAUCGAGUUCCGGAAUGUGUAUUUCAGCUAUUUGUCACGACCUGAGAUUCCAAUCUUGAGUGGAUUUUACCUAACUGUUCCUGCUAAAAAAGCAGUUGCACUUGUUGGUAGAAAUGGUUCUGGAAAAAGCAGCAUUAUUCCUUUAAUGGAACGGUUUUAUGAUCCGACAUUAGGAGAAGUACUUCUUGAUGGGGAAAAUAUUAAAAAUCUAAAACUGGAGUGGCUGAGAAGCCAGAUAGGCCUGGUUACACAGGAGCCUGCUCUGCUAAGCUUGAGCAUAAGAGAGAAUAUUGCAUAUGGUCGUGAUGCUACUCUUGAUCAGAUAGAGGAGGCAGCUAAAAUUGCGCAUGCACACACGUUUAUCAGCUCGCUUGAAAAAGGAUAUGAAACUCAGGUAGGGAGAGCCGGUUUAGUAAUGACAGAGGAGCAGAAAAUAAAACUUUCAAUCGCUAGAGCUGUGCUUUUAAAUCCUACAAUUCUUCUGCUUGAUGAAGUAACUGGGGGACUAGAUUUCGAAGCUGAAAGAAUUGUUCAGGAAGCUCUUGAUCUUCUGAUGUUGGGGCGCUCAACCAUAAUAAUUGCCCGACAGCUAAGCUUGAUUAAAAAUGCUGACUAUAUUGCCGUGAUGGAGGAGGGCCAGCUAGUUGAAAUGGGUACACACGAUGAAUUGAUAAAUCUUGGUGGGCUGUAUGCUGAGCUUCUGAAGUGUGAAGAAGCAACAAAGCUUCCGCGAAGGAUGCCAGUUCGGAACUACAAGGAGUCUGCAGUAUUUCAGAUUGAGAGGGACUCUUCAGCUGGCUGUGGCGUCCAAGAGCCAUCAUCACCCAAAAUGAUCAAGUCUCCAUCUCUUCAAAGAGGUAAUGGCGUGUUCCGUCCCCAGGAUCUGUGUUUUAAUACUGAAGAAUCACCUAAUGAUCAUAACCCUGCUGCACCUGAGAAAUUGGGGGAAAAUGGCUUGCCUCUGGACGAUGCUGACAAAGAGCCAACUAUGAAAAGGCAAGAUAGUUUCGAGAUGAGGUUACCAGAGCUUCCUAAAAUCGACGUCCACGGUCCACAGCAUAAAUCAAACGACUCAGAUCCAGAGUCCCCUGUUUCACCCCUUUUGACUUCAGAUCCCAAAAACGAGCGUUCCCAUUCUCAGACGUUUAGCCGUCCUCUUAGUUCGUCUGAUGACACUAAAGCAAAUGGUAAGGAUGCUCAACACAAGGAGUCACCUUCGUUUUGGAGGUUGGCACAGCUUAGUUUCCCAGAGUGGCUUUAUGCUCUAUUAGGGAGUGUGGGUGCUGCCGUAUUUGGUUCCUUCAAUCCUCUUCUGGCUUAUGUCAUGGCGUUGGUAGUCACGGAAUAUUAUAAGAGCAAAGGAGGCCACCUGCGCGAGCAGGUUGACAAAUGGUGUUUGAUCCUUGCCGCCAUGGGGAUAGUGACAGUUUUUGCCAAUUUCUUGCAGCAUUUCUACUUUGGUAUAAUGGGGGAGAAAACGACUGAGAGAGUUCGGAGGAUGAUGUUCUCAGCAAUGCUGCGUAACGAAGUUGGAUGGUUCGAUCAUGAAGAGAACAGUCCAGAUACGUUAUCCAUGCGUUUAGCAAAUGAUGCUACUUUUGUCCGAGCUGCCUUCAGCAACAGGCUUUCGAUAUUUAUUCAAGAUAGUUUUGCUGUUAUUGUUGCUCUUCUUAUUGGGUUGCUGCUUGGUUGGCGUUUGGCCCUUGUUGCAUUAGCAACUCUGCCAAUACUCUCUCUUUCUGCCAUUGCUCAGAAACUGUGGCUUUCUGGAUUCUCGAAAGGCAUCCAGGAGAUGCAUAGAAAGGCAUCCUUAGUCCUCGAGGACGCUGUUAGAAACAUCUACACUGUUGUUGCCUUCUGUGCUGGUAACAAGGUGAUGGAACUCUACAGGAUGCAACUCCAGAGGAUACUCAGACAAAGCUUUUUACACGGGAUGGCUAUCGGUUUUGCGUUUGGUUUCUCACAGUUCCUUCUCUUCGCCUGCAACGCCCUCCUCCUAUGGUGCACUGCGCUAUCUGUUAAACGCGGGUACAUGAAAUUACCCACAGCUAUAACGGAAUACAUGGUCUUCUCUUUCGCUACGUUUGCCCUUGUGGAGCCAUUUGGAUUAGCACCUUACAUCCUCAAGCGACGCAAGUCUCUCAUAUCAGUAUUUGAAAUCAUAGAUCGAGUCCCAACGAUUGAACCAGAUGACAACUCUGCUCUCAAGCCGCCUAAUGUCUACGGAAGCAUUGAACUGAAAAACAUCGACUUCUGCUACCCAUCUCGACCCGAAGUGUUGGUGUUGAGCAACUUCAGUCUCAAAGUCAAUGGGGGGCAAACUUUAGCUGUGGUUGGCGUCUCAGGUUCUGGUAAAAGCACAAUAAUCUCACUCGUGGAGAGAUACUACGACCCAGUUGCUGGUCAAGUCCUACUAGACGGGCGUGACUUAAAGCUAUAUAACUUGAGAUGGUUGAGAAGUCACAUGGGUCUGGUCCAGCAAGAGCCCAUAAUCUUUUCCACAACCAUCAGAGACAAUAUCAUAUACGCAAGGCAUAAAGCGAGCGAAGCUGAGAUGAAGGAAGCAGCGAGAAUAGCAAACGCUCAUCAUUUCAUCAGUAGCUUACCUCACGGCUACGACACACAUGUGGGGAUGAGAGGUGUGGAACUUACCCCAGGACAGAAACAGAGAAUAGCGAUAGCACGUGUAGUGCUGAAGAACGCUCCCAUCAUCUUGAUAGAUGAAGGAAGCUCGUCUAUCGAAUCUGAAUCAAGCCGGGUCGUGCAGGAAGCUCUUGACACGUUGAUAAUGGGGAAUAAAACGACAAUUCUUAUAGCGCAUAGAGCUGCUAUGAUGAGGCAUGUUGAUAACAUUGUGGUUCUCAAUGGAGGGAGAAUAGUGGAGGAAGGUACGCAUGAUGCGCUAGCAGCUAAGAAUGGAUUGUACGUCCGUCUAAUGCUACCACACUUCGGUAAAGGUCUACGCCAACAUCGACUUAUAUAGCAAAUAGGGCUUGUAGAUGUAGAUUUCCACGAUGAUGAAGCUUCUUUCUCCAAGGUAUAUCGAUUGUGUGUGCUAGAUUGUUAUCGGAAGACAAUGUAUGUAAAGAAAAUGUGUAAAUGUAUUCACUUAUUAGUAUUA